AUGGCUCUGUGCUGCGCGCCGCGGCUGCCGCGCCGGGCCCUGCGGCCUCGCAGCGCGCUCCUGAGCAGCCUGCGCGGGGGGCAGCGCGGCCCGCGGCCGGAGCACACCGCGGCCGAGGAGAGAAAGGCCCGGCAGGGCCAUGGCCCGGCGGGCAACCGCUGGGAGGAGAGGUUGGCAAAUGCAGUAACUCCAUUGUGGAGACUUCCCUAUCAAGAGCAGCUGCAGGUAAAGUAUGAAAGCCAGAGGAAGCAUUUGCAGACGCUCACAUCUCAUCUUGAGGAGCUGGGCACAGAUGUGCAGGAGCUGUGCUGUCCUCUGCAGCCUGUGGUCCCUUCGCCCAUCGUUAACGGCUACCGGAACAAAUCGACUUUCUCUGUGAACCAAGGCCCAGAUGGCAACCCCAAAACUGUGGGGCUGUAUGUGGGAACUGGCAGAGCAAGAAAUAUUGUCUGUGUGAAAGCCAACCACCUGGAGAACAUACCCUCAAAACACAAACAGGUAGCCCAGUGCUAUGAGGAGUUCAUCCGUUGCUCCCCCCUGGAGCCCUGCAUCCUGUUCUCCGAAGGCGGGCACUGGCGGGAGCUCGUGGUGCGCACCAGCAGCCGUGGCCACACCAUGGCCAUCGUCACCUUCCACCCCCAGGAGCUGGGCCAGGAGGCUCUGGCUGCUCACAAAGCAUCACUCAAGGAGUUCUUCACGUGUGGGCCUGGAACAGUCUGUGCCUUGACUUCACUUUACUUCCAAGAGAGCACCAUGACACGCUGCUCCCACGAGCAGUCCCCCUUCCAGCUCCUCCAUGGACAACCUCACAUCUUUGAGGAAGUGCUGGGCCUCAAGUUUCGCAUCUCUCCUGAUGCCUUUUUCCAAGUGAACACGGGAGGAGCAGAAGUUCUGUACCAGGCAGUUGGGGAGCUGAGUCAGGUUGAUGGGGACACCACCCUCCUCGACAUCUGCUGUGGAACAGGCACAAUUGGUCUCACUCUGGCUCACCAAGUGUCCAAGAUUAUUGGUAUUGAGGUGGUGGAGAAGGCAAUAGAGGAUGCCAGGUGGAAUGCUGCAUUCAAUGGAAUUUCCAACUGUGAGUUUCACAGUGGCAAGGCAGAGGCUGUGUUACCACAACUCCUGGCGUCGUGGGAGGCUGCUCAGCCCCUGGUUGCUGUGGUGAACCCCUCUCGGGCUGGGCUGCAUCACAGGGUUGUACGAGCCAUCCGAAACUGCAGAUCCAUCCAGAAGCUCAUCUACAUCUCCUGCAAGCCAGAGGGUGAAGCCAUGAGGAACUUCCUUGAGCUGUGCUGCCCACCUGACCCAGGGAAGAAGCUGGCAGGAAAGCCAUUUGCCCCCACAUUGGCUGUACCUUUCGACCUGUUUCCUCACACUGCUCAUUGUGAGCUGGUGCUGCUGUUCACCCGCUGACACGGAGGCCCUUGGGGAGCAACCUCCUACUGCCCUGGAGACUGGAGCAGUCAGGAUUGCAACUUACUUUCCUGAAAGCUGUGUCAAAAUAAAGAGUUUGGCUUUUGCUCUGA